AAGGCCGCUCCCCGCCGCCGCCCCGCCGCCCACCUUCCUUCCCCGCCGCGGCACCGAGCGGGGCGGCAGCACGGCCCGCCGGCCCCGCGCAAGCGGAGGGAAGGGAGCGGAGGUGGCGGCAGCCAGGAAGUAAACGGGUUCUGAUGCAAGGAAAACGAUGAAAUUUGGUUGCCUUUCCUUCCGACAGCCCUAUGCGGGAUUAGUUUUAAACAAGGUCAAAACAGUAGAGACUCGCUGGCGUCCUUUGCUAGCAGACUACAAGAACUGCACCCUUGCUAUUCAUAUAGCUGUUAAGGACUGGCAAGAUGAAACAUGGAGAGCAAUUCUUUCGAAUAGGUUUGGUAUGACACCAAAACAAGUGCAAGAUUUGUUGGAUAAAGGGGAAAAAUUUGGCAGAGGAGUUAUUGCAGGAUUAAUUGAUAUUGGAGAGACAUCACUAUAUCCAGAAAACUUGCCUCCUGAAAAGAUUCUGGAGCUGGAAAACAAAGCUGUCCUCAGUAAUCUAGAACAGAAAUACUUGACUGUUGUUUCAAAUCCAAGAUGGCUCCUGGAACCGAUUCCUGCCAGAGGGAGAAGAGGUGUGUGGCAGGUGGACAUCCCCGAAGAACUGAUCCCUCCAGAAGCAUAGGUGCUGCCCCUAUCAUUUUUCCUGCCUAAAUGCACACUUGUAAUUCACAAGUCAGCAUCUUGAACACCAGCAAGUUGUUUAGGAUUCCCUUCCAAAACUAAUGGUUUGUAAUAGCAAAUACAUUUGAAGAACUGCUCUUUUGAGGCAAAAUAAACAAGAUGUAAUUUUUAUGACCAUUA